AUGAAUCAUAUUAUAUCAUCAAUUGAUUUUAGUAGAUUGAUUGAAUCUAGAUUAGUACAGGGAUUCUUAGAUUUGACAAAAAAGGAUCAGAUUGCUUGUCUAUCAAUUGCAACAAUCUCUUUAUUGUAUUCAAUAAAAUAUAAUGGAGGAUCAAUUAGUACAUGGGUAUAUGAUAAGAACUUUAAAAGAUAUAUAAGAGAUUAUUAUAUAAGAUAUACAACUGCUGAUCACAUUGAAAACUAUGGAUUCGACUUUAGACAAGCCAAUACACGAAUGAUUAAAGAUUUGGCAUGGUCUGUAGAGCAUUGCAAUCGAAUUGUUGCAACAAACUAUAAUUUCAACUUGAUUCAAAGAUUGUCUACUUGUGUCAUGGCCGUAGUCACUAUCAAUUUGGGACAAUUCCUUGAACGCUAUGGUGCUCUAUCACACCAACAGAAACAAAAAGAAACAUCUUUGACUGUGCACUGUCAAUUUUUCCAUGCACUCAACAGGGAUCCAUUAUAUAUUGGUCUCAAAUCAAUCUUGUUUCAAAUAUUACUUGAAGAUUUUUGUUAUGCAAAACAAAAACAAUUCCAAAAAGCAAACUUUUUCUAUUCAAUGACACCAGCAGAGAUUGGUAUUACACAAGUAUUGUGUGAUUUAAUCAUUGAGAUUAGUAGAAAGAAUCCAAAGAUUCUAAAAGAUUUUGUACCAUUGUUACCAAUCUUUAUCUCACUUAUUGAACAUAAUCGUGGUAUCAAUGAUAGAAUGGUUGGUUUAAACAAGAUGGCCUAUGUAGCUCACCUUUUAAAAAUGGAAAACAAAAAGUUGAAGGAAUCUCCAUUGCCUUUGGAAAUAAUCAAACAACUUCGACAUUUGGAUUCCUACCCUCUAUCGGUACCAUUUGGAUUAUACUCUAAUAAAGAGAGUAUUGCUUUACAACUUGGAUUAAUUGGUGCCAUAACAUUUAUUGGUCAAAGAGCAUCGGCAGCUGCAGCUGUAUGGACGAUUCCAUCCAUCUUUAAAUAUGGAUAUAGAAAAUCUAGUCACAUCGUCGCAUCACUCUAUGCAGGUAGUUUUUCACUUGCAGUCAUGGUACCAACCUAUUACUAUGGUCUACGUCAUUUACCAAAUAACACCACAGUCCUCUAUUUGGCUGCAUUCACUGAAUUCAAAAUAAUAUGA